GUUGAAAUUAUAGCUUUUGAGUACCGGUUUUUGCCUCUUUUUCGUUGUUACAAAUGGUUGUGGUGCUUAGUGCCUCUGCUACCAAUUUCUCUGCACUUCAUUCAGGUUCCUGUUUUCUCGAAAGCCUUGCAUCAACUCUAUCCUUCCUCAUAUACUUUAUGAGUUUGGCAUUUACAAACUUGAUUUUGUUUCGGAUUUCAGGUAAAGGUUGCAAGUACACAGGUCAAGCAGUGAGAGCACUUCCUAUUCGCAUAAUAUCGGUGGGGAAAAAGAGAUCACAAGGUGUACAACUCGUUGUGGAUGACUACAUUCAAAGGCUUAAGUUAUACUGCAGUGUUGAGGAUGUUCACAUAAAGAACAAUCCUAAGAAUGCAAGUGAUUGGAGGGCUCAGGUAGAUCAUGAAGACGGUGCUGUCAUGGAUCUUAUCAGGUCCGAUGAUUGGGUGGUGCUGUUGGAUGAGCGUGGGAAAGACAUAGGUUCCAUGCAGAUGGCUGAGCUGAUCGGAGAUGCAGGGAAUACGGGAGCUUCAAGACUAUCAUUCUGUGUUGGUGGACCUUAUGGACAUGGAAAACAAUUGCGAGAGCGAGCUAACAUAUCUAUCAAGUUGUCUUCUAUGGUAUUGAAUCAUCAAAUUGCUAUACUUGUGCUUGUAGAACAACUAUAUAGGUCAUGGACCAUUCUGAAAGGUCAGAACUAUCAUCGCUAGCUUUCUUUUCCUGAUCUGCACACUGCCACAUAGGUAAAAGUAUAGCCUGCCAGGAGGAGCAUUUCUUCCUAAUCUUCAGACUAAUAGAUGUAUUCAGAUGUUCGACUGCGGCAACAUAGAAGAUCAAGUUCGUCAUAAUAUCAUUGUUAUGCGCAUCAAUGAUCAUUUUCCGUGUCUCCUUUCAGCCUAGUUCAGCUGCCCUGUAAUGCAAUGCCCUGUCUGUAUCAUAUCCCAGUCAUUCACUUAUGCUGUUUGUUAAGUUUUGUAUUUUGAAUAGGUACUUGAAUGAAU